AUGGCUUCCUCCAGGUGGUCGCUUGAAGGCUUCAGGGCCGUCGUGACAGGUUCCACGAAAGGCCUCGGCUUCGCCGUGGCCAAGGAGAUGCUUGAGCUGAAGGCCGAGGUCGUCAUCGUGUCCCGGAAAUCCGAAGAGGUGGAGGAGACCUGCGCAUCUCUGGCCAGGGAAACGAAGCGAUCGAUUCCUGGCAUUGCUGCCGACAUCUCGACGAAGGAAGGCCGUGAGGCGCUGGUUGCCUAUGUGCAGGAGCUUUGGGGUGGUUCCCUGGAUGGCCUGGUGAACAAUGUCGGCACAAAUGUCCGGAAGCCCAUCCACGAGGCCACAGAGGAGGAGUACCACAACAUGAUGCGCACCAACAUCGACUCCUGCUGGUUUCUCUGUAAGAUGUUCAAGCCCAUGCUCGAGCGCUCAUCGCGGGCCUCCGUUGUCAACAUCUCGAGCGCCGCUGGUGUGCGGAGCACCGGCACAGGGUCUGUCUACGCCAUGACAAAAGCCGCCGUGGCGCACUUAGCCUGCUCGUUGGCGUGUGAAUGGGGACCCCUCGGUAUCCGGGUGAACUGCGUUUGUCCCUGGAUGGCGCGAACCCCACUUUUGGAGGAGGCCGUUCGCCAAAACCCGAAGCAGCUCGAGGAUGUGAAGAAAGUCACUCCGCUUGCUCGCCUUGGUGAGCCGGAGGACACGGCGGGCACGGUGGCCUUCCUUUGUAUGCCGGCAGCUGCAUACAUCACUGGGCAGGUUAUUUCAGUGGACGGCGGGAUUUAUGCGCAAGGCUUUCGUGGGCCUUGCGUUGCCGAACCACAGGCGUGA